UCUUUAAAAAUGGUUCGAUAUAAAUGAUCAUUCACAUGUGCUCAAAACGGUAGUAAAGAAGGUCAGACAUCGACCCAGGAUCUGAGUACGCAUGCGUGGACAUUUAACUAACGGUAUUCGCAAAAUCACAAAAGAAAUAAACAAAAAAAUAAACAUAUUAAAUAGUCUCCGGUUAUGUAUAUUUCCAUGAGCCUCGCAAUCCAGUUUAUAUACGAGUUAGUGCCUGAUAAUCUUUAAAGUAAACUUAUAAAAUUUAAUUUUGUUUAACUUACGUAGAAAUAUGCAUUUUAAUUUAUAUGCAUAUUUGCUAAGCAAUAUUCUCCUUUUGAUUUCACAAACUCUACAAGUAUCUAGUGAAGUCAAACUAUCUCUUCAGAACUAUAAGAGUAAUAAUCAAAGCAACUUUCAAAGAUAUGAUGAGUAUAUUACUUUCAUCAAAAGUAAAACUUUAGAAGAAGCAGAAGAUUUUGGGUUGCAAGCCAUGAAUUCAUUAUUUGAAAUAGAGGAAAAAAAAAUAUUUGAUCAAGGAUUGUACUUAAAUUCUGAUCAUCCUGCACACUACGUUGCCACAUUUAAUUACCAAACUGAUGAAGCAAAAGGCUUUUCUAGAGUAGCAUAUGCGGCUUUGAAAGGUUCCAGAAAUUUGAUGGAAAAAUUCCUAAAUGAAACUUCAAUAAGUAAAUUAGAAUGUAAAACUACGGCUUUGUGGUCACAUCGAUCAACGGGAUUCCGAGAACGCUGCCCUCGGAAAGAUGAACCAAAUUGUCCUCCAGCAAGUAGUAAAUAUCGAACAGCUGAUGGCAGAUGUAAUAAUUUAAAACAUCCUUGGUGGGGUUCAGCUAUGUCAACUAUGCAGAGAUUUUUAGAUCCAGUCUAUGAUGACGGGAUUGAAACAAUAAGAAAAUCAAUGAAAAGCGGUAAAGUGUUACCAAGUCCACGUGACAUUUCGACGACGAUUCAUGAAGACAAAAAUGUACCAUUACCAUCAGUAACACAUAUGCUUAUGCAGUGGGGCCAAUUCAUAGACCAUGAUAUGAUAGCUACUGCACAGAGCAGAGGAUUUAAUGGCACAUUUCCGCAGUGUUGUCGAAAGCGUGGUACAGAGUUCCAGCCACCGGAGUUUAUGCACCCAGAUUGUCUACCCAUAGUCGUAAAUUCUCGAGAUAACUUUUAUGGAAAGUUGGGAAUGCGUUGUUUAGAAUUUGUGAGAAGUGGCCCAGCUCCACGUGAAGACUGCGGUUUCGGUCCUAGAGAACAAUUGUCGCAAGUAACUAGUUUUAUAGAUGCUUCUAUGGUUUAUAGCAGCAGCGUUCAGCACAGCAAUAGUUUACGAAUUUUUCGUAAUGGUCUUUUACAAUAUGGUGAAUUCGACUUCUCAAAAUCUGCAAUACCUAAGAAAGAGUCGGAUAAUCUUUGUCGACAAGGAUCUCUAUCAACUAAUUGUUUUAGAGCGGGCGAUGCACGACUUAGUGAACAACCUGCUUUAACUUCACUUCAUAUAGUCUUAAUUAGACUGCAUAAUAAAUUUGCAACUGGAUUAAGCACACUCAAUCCACACUGGAGUGAUGAAAAGCUCUUUCAAGAAAGUCGCAAAAUUGUUGGAGCUGUAGUUCAACAUAUUACUUAUCGCGAAUUCUUACCUAUAAUACUUGGUCCCGAAAUAAUCAAAAUAUUUGGACUUGACCUUAAAAAGACUGGUUAUUAUGAUGGUUACGACCCAACGCUCAAUCCAAAUAUUGCUAAUUCUUUUGCAACUGCGGCUUACCGUUUUGGCCAUUCAUUAGUUCAACACUGUUUUUCCAGAUAUGAUGAACAACAUAAUCUUCUAUUUAACAAUAUCUCAAUACACGAUGAAUCAAGGAAUAGAGUGCAUUUACAAAGUCCAGGGUCUGUUGACCGAUUAGUUUUAGGAUUAGUAAAUCAAGUUUCACAGAGAAGAGAUGAAUUCAUAACUAAAGAACUAACUCAUCAUCUUUUUCAAUUUCCAAAUUUUCCAUUUGGCAUGGAUCUUGCAUCAAUUAAUAUUCAACGGGGUAGAGAUCAUGGAUUGGCACCUUAUAUUAAAUGGCGAGAACCUUGUGGUUUAUCAGCUAUUCGGACAUGGGAGGAUCUUGAAAAAAGCACAUCAGUGAAAGCUGCUAGAAAAUUCAAAGGCUUAUACGAAUCGCUGGAUGACAUUGACCUUUUCUCAGGAGGCCUUUCAGAAAAACCAAUUCUUGGAGGUAUUGUUGGUCCAACCUUUGCAUGUAUUAUCGCUCAGCAAUUUAAUCAUCUCCGUAAAGGGGAUAGAUUUUGGUAUGAAAAUGGAAAUUUAAAAAAUAGUUUCACAAUAACUCAGCUUGAUCAGAUCCGACGUGUAACUCUUGCACAAAUCUUAUGCUCUACGAUAGAUGGCGUUAAAACUGUUCAGCCGUUUGUAUUUUUGGUACCUGAUAAACUGAACAAUGAAAGAAUUUCAUGCGAUAAAUUUACUCAUAUUAAUCUAAAACCUUGGAUUGACAUAGGAAAAAACAACCGACAAUUUUUUUUCUCCUUGAAUAAUAUUAACAAGGAAGAUUACUUAAGAAACUUAAAAAAUGAAUCAAGAAUGUUUCCACGACCAAAACCUAAACCAGUUAAAAGUAAUGUCAACCAAAAAAAUCACGUUGUAAUGAGGUGGCCUUUCGGAUCCUCAUUUGAGAAUGUUACGAUAGUCAUACAAAAUCAUGCAUCUAACUCACCGACAGUGGUACACAAUGUUGUUCAUGAAUCUAACGUAGAUGGAAUUUUAACUAAUCCGUCAAAUAACUCGCCACCAAAAGAAAAUGAAAGUAUUGAAAAAGAUCACUUAGAUCUUGUGAAUAAACAUUUACUUUCAAAAUUUAUUAAUUUUAAUAACUCCAACUAUAACUCUGCAUCAACAUCAUUUAUAGAGGAUUUUUAUACUCAUGAAUUACCGAAGCCAAUAAAGUUAAGAAGUUAGGAUAUAUAAUAGGUCGACCCGAAAAAAACGAACUUUUCUUUUUGUGUUCGAGUCUCAUAUGAAAAUUUGUUGGUGUAACAUAUUUUAGGAACCUUCUCCAAAAAUCAGCUCGAUAAACAAUUUUUAAAGGGUCGUUUAAGAAAUUCAGAAAUUCCAAAAAUUGAAAAAUAAUUGUUAUUUACUUGGACCAAAUUCUGAAAUAGUAACUCUCGAGUGCUGCAUUUUAUGAUAGUGACAGGCGGCAAUUGAAACAAAAGAAAAUAAUACGUAAUAAUUAAUCAAAUGUCUUUUUUUUCUAAGUAUUUAAUAUUUUAUUUAUUGAAAAUAUAAUAUAGUUUAUCUUAAUGUCUAUUUAUAUAAACAAAAAAGUUGUAUACGAUAAAAUAUAAUUAUAAUAACAAAGG